AUGAAUGUGGACAAGAUCCUGGCAACAGAGGUGUUCGGAGGAUGUGAGGAGGUGCAUCCAUGGGCGGCUCUGUCGAAAUUCCUCUCCGUCACCAUCAAAAUGCUCUCGGAGUUCCCUGGUCUACAAUGCGAGGUUGUGGAAUUCUCCGACGAGAAGUUCCUCGAUGGACCUCUCCAGGAGCAGUUUGCCGAGAAUGCCGAGAAGGUGACUCGUCAGGGCUGUGCGUUAUGGCCUGGGAUGAACUACGAGGUGGCGUUCUUACCACAGGCAGUUUCGGGGACACCAUGGUAUCAAGACGUGAAGACGUGGGUAGGUGCAGCCAGCGUGGCGUGUCUCACUGUCUUCGGCGUAUUCGUGGCCAACGAAGAUGACGACCCUCGUCUGUGGGGGGUGAUUUUGGGCUUCGGGGUGUUAUUCAUUGGCGCGGAAUUCGUUGUGAUUGCCAGAGAGAAUAAACGUUUGUGCCGCAAACCAAGGGUGGAGGCUGCGAGUGCUGUGCAGACCCCGUCCUUGUCCGAACAAGGGCUGCGUAACGUGUUGAGUGGGGCAGAGGGCUUUGAGAUAGUCACUUUGCUCAGGUAG